AUGGCAGAUAACUCAGCGCCACCUCGCCCAAAUCGCUCGUCGUCGUUGGACGCAGCGGCCAUCCACAAACUCGAAGUGCAUCUUAGCGAACGGCCAGAGAAGAGCGAGUUGGUGGAGCGCAACAUCCUGCAAGCUGGACGGGCGCCCACGCUCGACAUCCACAAGCUCGAGAAGCAGCUCAAUGAGAGGCCGGGCAAGAACGAGCUGGUUGAACGCAACAUCCUGAAAGAUGACAAGGGCAUCGCGCCAUCGCUUAUAGCGGCAAGAGAGGCUCUAGAAAGAUCUCAGCUUGAGGAUAAACUUGACCACGCUCUGCAGUCGCGUCCGAAACCCGAAGAACUGGUGAAGGAAGGCAUCCUCCAACCUGACGAAGUGCCCGUCUAA